AGCUGACCUAUGGGAGCGCGCCGGGGGUGGGCUGUCCAGGACCCGUUCCUGUCCCUCUUGGGUUUGUUAAAGCGACAGGCCCCGCGGCGAGCCGGUGCUCCACCGGGCACGGCACAGCGGCCGCGGUGGCCCUCGGCGUGCGGCGGGCGCCCGUGACAGCGGCGCCGCUGGGCUCGCGACCCCGGCUCCGGGCCUCUGCGGACAGCAGGAGCGGAGCCCCGUCGCCCGGCGGGAUGGGCGGCGAGGCGGGGUCUGCGGCGGCCCUGGGCUCCGAGGGCCGCGUGAAGAGCUUGGGACUGGUGUUCGAGGACGAGCGCAAGGGCUGCUACUCGAGCGGCGAGACGGUGGCCGGGCACGUGCUGCUGGAGGCGGCCGAGCCGGUGGCCCUGCGCGCGCUGCGCCUGGAGGCCCAGGGCCGUGCCACGGCCGCCUGGGGCCCGGGCGCCGGCGCGGCGCCGGCCGCCGCCUCGGAGGUGGAGUACCUGAACGUGCGCCUGAGCCUGCGCGAGCCCCCGUCCGGUGAAGGUGUCAUCUUACUGCAGCCUGGGAAGCAUGAAUUUCCAUUUCGCUUUCAACUUCCAUCUGAACCCCUGGUCACCUCGUUCACGGGGAAAUAUGGGAGCAUCCAGUACUGUGUGCGAGCUGUCCUGGAGCGACCCACAGUGCCGGCCCAGAGUGUGAGACGGGAACUGCAAGUGGUCAGCCACGUGGACGUCAACACACCAGCACUGCUGACCCCUGUGUUGAAGACUCAAGAGAAAAUGGUUGGCUGUUGGGUUUUCACUUCUGGACCAGUCUCGCUGAGUGCCAAAAUUGAAAGAAAGGGUUACUGUAAUGGAGAAGCUAUUCCAAUCUAUGCAGAGAUAGAGAAUUGCUCCUCUCGCCUGAUUGUUCCCAAAGCUGCCAUUUUCCAAACCCAAACAUACUUGGCAAGUGGGAAAACGAAGACCGUUCGCCACAUGGUCGCCAACGUGCGAGGAAACCACAUUGCUUCUGGGAGCACCGACACGUGGAACGGCAAAACUCUGAAAAUCCCCCCUGUUACUCCGUCCAUCCUGGACUGCUGCAUUAUCAGAGUAGACUAUUCCUUAGCUGUGUACAUUCACAUUCCUGGUGCUAAAAAGCUGAUGCUCGAGCUGCCGUUAGUGAUCGGUACCAUUCCGUACAAUGGCUUUGGCAGCAGGAACUCCAGCGUUGCCAGCCAGUUCAGCAUGGAUAUGAGCUGGUUGACACUGACCCUGCCGGAACAACCUGAAGCACCACCGAAUUAUGCAGAUGUGGUGUCCGAGGAAGAAUUCUCCAGACACAUUCCCCCCUACCCUCAGCCUCCGGGCUGUCUGGGAGGAGCGUGCUACCCCAUGCUUGCCUGCAUACAAGAAUUCCGGUUUCAGCCUCCGCCUCUUUAUUCAGAGGUUGACCCACACCCUAGUGAUGUCGAAGAGACCCAGCCUGUCUCCUUCAUUCUCUGAAUGUGUUUCAGUAAUCACUGUGCUCAUCAUCAGAUCAGAGUGUUGGUUCGUUCCUCCUGCCCCUUUGGGGUGGGUGGAGAGAUUUCCUUACAGACAUACAUGGACAUUAAGACAGAAGGCCAUAGAAAAUAAAGAACACGGGAACUUUCUGGUGGGCCAACAGGAUGUUUGCACAACUUGAUGGGAUGGUCGUCGUUUGUCCCCUUUGAAAAGGGGUGAAGAUGUGAAAAGCCACAGAAUGUAGUGGAAGUCCUGAGGGGGCAGAGUAAGUGGAGGAGUGCCUGCGCUGACCCGAGCGGGAGGAAGCGCUGUGAGGAAGUCUUCCAAAAGUGGACACAAGUGAAGAAGCAUGCUGACAGGAGAAUGUGUGUGGCGGCGCCGGGUAUGCGGGAGCGGGGCAACGGCCAGCUCUGGAGACAGAGAGACCCCUGGGACCCUGGGUCUUCAUGAUUUCUGACCACGUGACCAGACUCGAGGACUGAAGUCCUCGGAAGGAUCCCUUCCUGACCCCAUGGUCACACGAGGUCCUAAUGAUGACACAGCUUUGGCUUUCUGAACCCUGGGCUGAAAUGCAGUUCACAACCUGGCUCUGCAGUUGUGGGAAACCAAGAAAGGUUCCUUGAGAAACUUGAGCUUUUGUGGGAUCGAAGCAGAAUGAUUGAUUUCCGUGUGAAAACAGAUUUGGUUGAAGGCCGUAGCUUUUUACCCCUUUUAAGUACUUUAACGGGAUACAUGUUUGAGUUUCCUCAUACCUUGUUUACCUGUGGGCACAUCAGAAAAAGGAGACAGGGGAAAACAGUUGCAUCUUCAGAAUGCCUUGAUAACUACAUGGCCAAACAAAAACAAAAAACCUUUUCUUAACCUACCUCGUAUGGGGUUAUCAGGUAUGUUUUUAAAACUCUAGGCCUGAUCAGUGAUCUUUGAAGUUCUGCUAUUUACGUAGCAGCCUCAACUCCUUGACACAAGGGAAAAAUCCAUAAGUUAACAUUAAAUGGAAGUAAAUAUAUAUAUAUAUUUACAUAUAUUUAUUUCAAAAUAAAUCCAAAAUCAAAAGAGGGUAGGAAUACCAUUUUCCAAAAAUGUAAAUUAAUUCCCAUCAAAAGGCUGAUGUCUACAGAUGGCAGUCACUGCAUUGUACAUUGUUUAUUCCAGCUGUUCUGUGAUUCUAUUUAAACUGUGAUUUUCUUUAUUGUCUUGGUGCAAUAUUUUAUUAUCAUUUAGCCUCAGGAUACUCACACCAACAGGAUUGCGUUGCUGCUGAACGUUUGCACAGUGUUCUCACCGUACCCCUUUGCCCUCAUGUCCGUGGUCACCUGUUCACGUGCUGUUCCUUCCAUCUGUUGGUUUCCUGAGCUGAGACUGUUUCUGGACACUAAGCAGAAGGGAGAAAGGGGUCCCCUAGAUACAGAUUUUGGACCAGCUGAGUCCUAAGGGUUUGAUCUAGAAACCCUGGUGCUUCCCGUACAAAAUACUGUAAUUGAUCCCACAAAAUGACCGACUCAUCUUCCGGUCGGCACAUUCACUUAGAACAGUCCUUCUGAGGUUAAAUUUUGUAUUUCGAGUUCGGUGGGCCACUGGAUCAGGGAUUUUUCUACAAACAUUAGGUACUGUGUGCUCUCUGCCCUCUGGACAUACCUCUCCUGCAGUCACGCAAGCGUCAAGCACACGUCUUUCCUUGUAGCCACUUUUCAGAAUCACAGUGCCAGAUGCCAUGCUAGUACCUGUGGUACGGAAACGGUCACAAAGCCUCAUUUUACUUUGGUUUUUAGAGUUUUUAUUUUGCUUUGCUUCUUUUGUGUGUCCUUAAACAGGUGUGUGUCUUUAAGUACUGUCUAAAACGUUUUGUCUUUACUGCAGAAUAGUCCCUCCUCAGCUAUCUGUUGAUGCCUUAGUUGCAGCUGGUGUGCCUUGUUGGGACACUGUCCACCUCCAUGAAACCAGAGCGAGAAAAACACGCAAACCGGACACACGGAGAGAGAGAGUUGAGUAAUUUGGCUCCACGUAGAGAAGCGACUACUUAGAGGAACCUUUGUUAGGAUUAUUUUAUAACCUUAAUUAGAGAAAUCAUGAAGUCCCCCCGCAUGGUUGAGGCAGAGUUAACUCCAUAACACUUAAUCGUUCAAAGGUCUGACCUACCUUACUGACUUGAUAGUGGUCCAUCUGUCCUUAAGCUGUAGGGUGAAAUCUUUACUUAAUCAAGAUAGCAUUUUCUGAAUGUAGAAAACCACAUUGGAGCAGAGAAAACCUGGGGAUGAAGAUAAAAAUUAGCUGCUGUUACUUGCUUGUUUAUUCCCUUCUUGCUCUUGUUUAGUUUGCAAAAAAAGAAAAAUAAAGUGGCCUUAGAAUUUUCUUUUUGACGCAAAAAUUGUGAAAUUGAAAAUGUGCACCUUUUGGCACACAAAACUCCUUCUCCUAGGCAAAAAUUUACUUUCUGUGUUUUUGUUUUGCACAACAAAAGACUCAAUAAGCAGAGGUUAUGUUUUUUGGUAAGUUAACUAUGAAAGUUUUUUUUAAUUUUUAUUAUUAAAAGUGUAACAAUUUAACCCACAGGAGAAAAAAAAAUUGUAUUUUGUACUCUUGUUUGAACCCCAUGGGUUCUUUUUGUUAAUAAAAUGAUUACAGUAA